GCCCGAAGUGGUUGUGCCGUUUUCGCUUUCUUUCAACAAAAUAAUAAAAUACGUACAUUUAUACGUACAAUUUAUUUUAAUUAAUAUUAUAAAUACAUUACAAUGAUAUCUAACGUAGUCUGUAGAGCAUAUAUAGCCUUGAUUCUGCUAGAUAAGUCUGGUAUCCUUGCGAAAGACUCACAUUCAUUCACCAAGAAUAGGUGCCUGAAUCCCCCUCGUACUGCCCGCCGAGUGGAAUCUUUUAUACAGGAGUGUCAAGAGGAAGUCAAAAAUAAACUAAUUAGCGAAGCUUACUACAUUCUAAAAAGUCAAGUAAAAAAUGAAAAUACAGCAUUGGACAUUACUGUAGAUAACAUCUCGGAGAUUAAUUCGGCUCCCGCACCAGUUCCUGUUCAAUCGAUUAUUUUCCAUACCAUCGAAGAAAACUCUAAGUUAGCGUCUCAACAUGAUGCAUAUCAAUUUCAACCAGAGAGGCAACAAGUGACCAGUUUGAUGAACCACAUUCGACGCAUUUCAUAUAACGCGCGUAGUGCCCUUUAUUAUCCUACAUUGGUACCCGCGGAGGAAAAACGUUUAGCUGGCUGCCUGUUACACUGCGUUUAUGCGAAAAAUAAAGCUAUCGACAAACUGGGAUGGCCUACUCUUGACGGCUUAGUAAACUUUUACUCAGAAGGAGUGAAUGAACACGGUUUUUUUAUGGCCACACUCCGAUCCGUAAAUCUCUGCCUGCAUGCAAUUACAAUAAAGUAUAAUAUCGAUCGACGCAAACUACCAAAACGUGGUGAAAGCUGUGAUUUAGCCUUCGACGUGUUCGAUUGUAUUUCAGACCAACUAACGGGUUAUUGCUUAAAUCAAUACGAAUAACAUUUCUCAAUUAAUACUUGUAAAUAACUUUUAACGACUAGAUAUCCGAAUAACCUUCGAACUACCAGUAAAAUUUACGAACGUAAAAAAUUCAUUGGCCUACAUAUUCUUUACAAAAGGGGUAACCUCGCUUCCAUAUACGUACAUAUGUAUUAAGGUAUGAUGUUUCCACUUUAAACCCGCAGAUCUCAAACCAUCUUGGAACCACCAAAGGAUUUGUUGAAAGCAUGCUACUUCAAUUAUCAAAAUCCGUUAUGAUGUAACAAAAUUUACAUUUAGCCUACUCUCAUUUUUAUAUAAUAUAUAAACAGUAAAUGUAUUGCUUAGAAAAAUUCAGAUUAUUAAGAUUUUGACAAUUGCAAAAAUAAAGACUUUUUCUAUUAUUUUUGAA